GCUUCCGUGCGCGCGCAUGCACUGCGAGCAAGAGAUUGAGCCUGACCAUUGUCUCUUGUGUUGUUGUAUUCAUUGCUUCGAAUCGUUGAAAUUGGCCGUCCCGAACCCUGUUGCGGCCGCUUUACUUUGAUAUAUAGCGAUAGCGAGUGUUUGUCGUCCCCUUCUUCGGCCAAAGAAUUGUUGGUAGUCGCAGAAUGAAUCUUGAUACUACCUCUCCGGGCACGCCGACGUCGCCGCAUCCGCAUCCUCAUCCUCCGAAACGUCCGCGCCCCUCCUCGCCGCCCCAAAUCAAGCACUCACCGACGUCUGCUUCUACAGGCCCAAUUUCUCCUUCUGCGGAACAAGCGCACGAUGGAAUGGGACAUGGCGGGGCCAAAUCCGGCCAAGGUAGCAGCAGUUUUCGAAACGUCAGUGCAUGUAAUCGAUGCCGGUUACGUAAGAAUCGCUGUGAUCAAAAAUUGCCCAGCUGCGCGAGCUGUGAGAAGGCAAGAGUGCCUUGUGUCGGAUAUGAUCCCAUAACUAAGAGGGAAAUCCCCCGUAGCUAUGUAUACUACCUCGAAACCCGCGUCAGUCAGUUGGAGGCUCUGCUCCGCGCCCAAAAUAUACCAUUCCCCCCAGCCGAGAACUUGGAGUAUUGUUCACGGCCGGGUAGUGAUGGGGGGCAUGCUCGAUCGCCUAACGAAGGCGCGCUCUCCAUGCUUUCUGAAGCUGCUGAGGCUUCAGGUAUCCCUCAGUCGUUUCAGAAUAGCGACGAUCCUGGGCGGCCCAACAAGAUAUUGCGAACGGGAAGCAGUGCGGCGCCGAAGCACCUUGGGUCUGCUAAUGGCGUCUCCUUUGCGCGCGUUGUGUUCGCCGCUGUACAGUCUUCUGUUGGAGACCAUCGUUCAACCUCAGACAAGGGGGGAAUACGUCCGUAUAAAUUCACAGGUGGGAAUGGAGAUGUGACUGGGGGUACUUCAAUGCGCGACUCAUUCUUCGGUCUUCAUACACGUCCAACUAUUAGUCCAGCACCAUUCCCCGACAAGGGCUUAGCCUUGAAACUAGUCGAGUUGUAUUUCGAACAUGCAAACCCUCAAAUACCGCUUCUUCACCGUGUGGAUUUCAUGCAAAUGUUUGAGCAAGCGUACGCAGAUGAGGGUAGGAUACGUGGUCCCAGGGAGCUCUACAUCCUGAAUAUGGUGUUCGCCAUUGGUGGCGGGAUCAUCAUGGAUAGCCAAACCACCUCAAGAGUCUCUGGUGAGGAGAAGAAGCAGGCUCAACCCGAGGAAUAUCACGCCAGUGCUAUUGUCCAUCUGGAAACCUGCCUAAACGGUGGUGGACUUGAGGAACUUCAGGCCGUCCUUCUCUUGGCCAGUUUUGCCCUGCUUCGACCAGUACCCCCUGGGUUAUGGUACAUCGUCGGCGUAGCUGUGAGAUUAGCAAUCGAUUUAGGUUUGUACUAUGAAGACGGAAAGGACGUUGAAUUUGACUUAGGUGAACCCAGGGGCAUUCCCAACAUCCAAGAGACAGGUGGCAAAUCGCGCGAAGCUGUAUUGCGAGAGAGGGGUCGACGCGAAUAUGUACGUGAUCUGCGAAGGAGGCUCUGGUGGUGCACGUAUGCUUUUGACCGCAUUGUGAGCACCUGCGUUGGACGCCCGUUUGGGGUGUCUGAUCAAGUCAUAACUACGGAGUUUCCAUCCAUGCUUGAAGACCGAUAUAUUACGCCCGCAGGUAUCGCUAAGACUCCAAUCGAUGGCGAGCCUACAUACAAAGUCGUCGCUAAACAUUACUUACGACUUCGUCUGCUGCAAUCUGAAAUUCUGCAGGUAUUACAGUACCAGCAAGCGCAAACAGCGAGGUUCAACGGUCAAAAUUUACGGAAUGAGUACAUGCAUACUCAGCUGCCUUCACCCUUUCUCUCCAAAUUCGACUCCUUCAGAAGUUGGAGGAAGAAUAUUGAUGAACGAUUGUACUCGUGGAAGAACUCUGCGCCCACCAAACAGGAUUCCGGAGUGGCUUUCUCACCAGAGUUCCUGGAGCUCAAUUACUGGCAGGCAAUCAUCAUGCUUUAUCGGCAAAGCCUAAGUGUUCCAGCAAUGUUCGAGAGCGAAUACCAUACAUCCAAGGAGGUCAAUAGUCCAUCAGUCUACUCUGAGGAGCGGCAAGAAGACCAAGAAAGAGUUUAUGUUAAGGUCGCCGAAGCAGGUCAAAAGAUCUUGCGCCUUUACAGGCAAUUGCACUUACAAGGCCUUGUUAACUAUACCUAUCUCGCCACACACCAUCUCUUCAUGGCAGGGAUAUCGUACCUCUAUGCAAUAUGGCAUUCUCUUGUAGUCAGGAGUCGCCUUACUAUGGACGAGGUUGAUUUCACUAUCCUGGCCGCCACUUCAGUCUUCAGUGACCUUAUCGAUAAGUGCCCGCCUGCGGAGGCGUGCCGUGAUGCUUUUGAUCGAACAGCAAAAGCUACUAUCAAAAUGGCAAACUCAAGUGGUGGGUUUGGCCAAGUCUUGAAUCGGCAUACGCGUGGAUCGAAAGGAGGUAGUGACAGAAUAGAUUACCUCUCUGCUAGAGAAGCCACAGCAAACCGCGAGAAGUCGAAUCAUCCCCAUCAUCCCAUAGAUCAGCGUGGUACUGGUUCGCGGUCAGGAACAGUGUAUGAUCCUUCGACCCAUGACCCCUAUGCUGCACAAAAACCCGUGGCUCAAAUGACAGCUGUGCAGCCGGCCACACAAGCACCUUCUUACCGCAUCAACAUGCCAAAUAUUAAAACUGAGCAUGAUGGUUAUAGCAUGGGUCGGCCAUUACCCAAUUCUACCCUUACUGGAGGUCUACCUGACGUUGGAAACGUACCAGAUAAUUCGGCUAUUGACCCUAUUCUGUUGCCCUCCCAUCGUUCGCAAGUAAAUUCACCAGGAUCUGUCUCUAGCCUAACACCAAAAUCAACGCAUCAGCAGUACACUCCUCAGAGCAAUCCAAAUUCGAAUUACAAUAUUCUACGCACACCACCGGCGACUUUUACUCCAGGACCAGGUGCAUUGAACUUAUCUGAUCUUCAAGGCAUGGACUUCCUCCAAAAUCUCCAAGAUCAGUCUGGUGGUGAUAUCUUCAAUAAUCCAGAUAUGCAGAUGGAUAUGGGUUUUGGCAUUGGUUGGGAGGGGAUGCAUCACGAUUUUAGCGAAGGGCAGCAGGUUGAUCUCUUCGAUGGUUUCUUUUUUGGCGCGCAACAAGGUGGAAACGGAGGUGCUAUGUGAUCUGGAUGCCAUCAUCUUAUCAUCCUUGACAAGUUUCAUCAAUU